GCCGGGCGGCGGGAGAUUCAAACCUGGAAGGAGGAGGAACAUGGAGCGGCGGAGGGCGGGCGCGGGCCCGGCGCCGUAUGAACGCCUCACGGCCGAGGAAAUGGAUGAGCAGAGGCGGCAGAAUGUUGCCUAUCAGUACCUGUGCCGGCUGGAGGAGGCCAAGCGCUGGAUGGAGGCCUGCCUGAAGGAGGUGCUUCCUCCCCCGGUGGAGCUGGAGGAGAGCCUUCGGAACGGGGUGCUGCUGGCCAAGCUGGGCCACUGCUUUGCACCCGCCGUAGUUCCCUUGAAGAAGAUCUAUGACGUGGAGCAGCUGCGGUACCAGGCAACUGGCUUACAUUUCCGCCACACAGACAACAUCAACUUUUGGCUGUCGGCAAUAGCCCACAUCGGCCUGCCUUCGACCUUCUUCCCGGAGACCACGGAUGUCUACGACAAGAAGAACAUGCCCCGGGUGGUCUAUUGCAUCCACGCCCUCAGCCUCUUCCUCUUCCGGCUGGGACUGGCCCCGCAGAUCCAUGAUCUCUAUGGGAAGGUGAAGUUCUCAGCCGAGGAGCUCAGCAACAUGGCCUCUGAGCUGGCCAAGUACGGCCUCCAGCUGCCUGCCUUCAGCAAGAUCGGGGGCAUCCUGGCCCACGAGCUGUCGGUGGAUGAGGCUGCAGUACAUGCAGCCGUCCUCGCCAUCAACGAGGCAGUGGAGCGAGGGGUGGUCGAGGACACCCUGGCUGCCUUGCAGAAUCCCAGUGCUCUGCUGGAGAAUCUUCGAGAGCCUCUGGCAGCCAUCUACCAGGAGCUGCUGGCCCAGGCCAAGGCGGAGAAGGCUGCCAGCGCCCAGACGCGAGAUGGAGAAAGCUGCGACAUGUACGACCGCUACCUGACGCAGGCUGAAAUCCAGGGCAAUAUCAACCACGUCAAUGUCCAGGGGGCUCUAGAAGUUGUUGAUGACGCCCUGGAAAGACAGAGCCCUGAGGCCUUGCUCGAGGCCCUCCAAGACCCUGCCCUGGCCCUGCACGGAGUGAGGAGAGACUUUGCUGACUGGUACUUGGAACAGCUGAGCUCAGACAGGGAGCAGAAGGCACAGGAGUUGGGCCUGGUGGAUCUUCUGGAAAAGGAGGAGGUCCGAGCUGGUGUGGCUGCAGCCAACACGAAGGGUUGUCAGGAACAAGCCAUGCUCCGGGCCGUGCGCAGAGUCAACGGAGCCAUCCGGAGGGGAGUGGCCGCUGACACGGUGGCGGAGCUGAUGUGCCCCGAAGCCCGGCUGCCUCCCGUGUGCCCCCGCGCCCCGGCUGUGUACCAGCGCGAGCUGGCCGUGCUCCAGCAGCAGCAGGGAGGGGAGCUCAGCCACGAGGAGCUCUUUGUGGCUGUGGAGAUGCUGUCAGCCGUGGUCCUGAUUGACCGGGCCCUGGAGGCUGGGGAUGUUGGCGGCUUCUGGAGCAGUCUGGCGAGUCCUGCGACAGGCCUGGCCGAGGUGCAAGGAGAGAAUGCUCAGCGUUACUUUGAUGCAUUGGUGACUCUGUGGCGGGAGCGCGCGCCAGGCGGCAUCUUGAGCUGGAAUGACCUGCAGGCCGCCGUGAACCAGGUCAACACCCAAGUGCAGGAAGAAGCCGACCAGGUGCUGGCGGUCAGUCUUAUCAACGAGGCCCUGGACCGGGGCAGCCCCGAGAAGACCCUGUCGGCCCUCCUGCUCCCCUCGGCCGGCCUGGAUGACGUCAGCCUUCCCGUGGCGCCUCGGUACCAUCUCCUCCUGGUGGCGGCCAAAAGGCAGAAGGCCCAGGCAACCGGGGACCCCGGAGCGGUGCUGUGGCUGGAAGAGAUCCGCCAAGAGGUGGCUCGAGCCAACCAGGACACAGAUGCUGCGCAGCGUAUGGCUCUCGGUGUGGCCGCCAUCAACCAGGCCAUCAAGGAGGGCAGGGCGGCCCAGACAGAGCGGGUGUUAAGGAACCCCUCCGUGGGCCUCCGAGGGGUGGUUCCCAACUGCGCCGACAGCUACCAGCGAGUCCUGGAAGGAGCCACGGCAAGGAAGUGCCGCCCAGGGGACGCAGCCUUCUGGGUGCAACACGACAUGAAGGACGGCUCCGCCUACUACUUCCACCUGCACACCUUCCAGGGGACAUGGGAGUGGCCCGUGGGCUGCCGCCUGAACACAUCCCACCUGACGCGGGAAGAGAUCCAGUCCGCUGUCACCAAGGUCACGGCCGCCUAUGACCGCCAGCAGCUCUGGAAGGCCAGCGUCGGCUUUGUCAUCCAGCUCCAGGCCCGCAUGCGUGGGUUCCUGGUGCGGCAGAAGUUCGCUGAGCGCUCCCACUACCUGAGGACCUGGCUGCCGGCCAUCAUCAAGAUCCAGGCUCACUGGCGGGGCUACAGGCAGCGGAAGACCUACGUGCAACGGCUGCAGUAUCUAAAAGCGAACUCGGAUGCCGUGAUCAAGAUCCAGGCCUGGGUCCGGAUGUGGGCAGCUCGGAGGCAGUACCGGAGGCGUCUGGGAUACUUCCAGAAGAACGUUAACUCCGUUGUCAAGAUCCAGGCGUUUUUCCGAGCCCGGAAAGCCCGGGAUGACUACAGGGUGUUAGUGCACGCACCCCACCCCCCUCUCAGCGUGGUGUGCAGAUUUGCCCACCUCUUGAAUCAAAGCCAGGAGGACUUCCUGGCUGAGGCAGAGCUGCUGAAGCUCCAGGAAGAGGUGGUCAGGAAGAUCCGGUCCAAUCAGCAGCUACAGCAGGACCUCGACCUCAUGGACCUCAAGAUCGGCCUGCUGGUGAAGAACCGGAUCACCCUGCAGGAGGUGAUCUCCCACUGCAAGAAGCUGACCAGGAAGAACAAGGAACAGCUGUCGGGUAUGAUGGCCCUGGACAAGCAGAAGGGAUUAAAGGCGCUGAGCAAAGAGAAAAGGCAGAAGCUAGAAGCUUACCAACACCUCUUCUACCUGCUGCAGACUCAGCCUCUCUACCUGGCCAAGCUGAUCUCUCACAUGCCACAGAACAGAACCACCAAGUUCAUGGAGUCUGUGAUCUUCAGCCUGUACAACUAUGCCUCCAACCGCCGCGAGGCCUACUUGCUCCUCCAGCUGUUCAGGACGGCGCUGCAGGAGGAGAUCAGGUCAAAGGUGGAGCAGCCCCAGGACAUGGUGACAGGCAACCCUACGGUGGUGGGGCUCGUGGUGAGGUUCUACCGUAAUGGGCGGGGCCAGAGUGCCCUGCGCGAGAUCCUGGGCAGGGUCGUCCAGGACGUGCUGGAGGACAAGACGCUGAGCGUCCACACGGACCCUGUUCACCUCUACAAGAGCUGGAUCAACCAAAGCGAGGCCCAGACCGGCCAGCGCAGCCACCUCCCCUACGACGUCACUCCAGAGCAGGCCUUGAGCCACCCCGAGGUCCAGAGACGACUGGACAUCUCCCUCCGCAGCCUCCUCGCCGUGACCGACAAGUUCCUCGCAGCCAUCAUCUCCUCUGUGGACCAGAUUCCGUAUGGGAUGCGGUAUGUAGCUAAGGUCCUGAGGACGACCCUGGCGGAGAAGUUCCCUGACGCCCCAGAGAACGAGGUCUACAAGGUGGUAGGGAACCUCCUCUACUACCGCUUCCUGAACCCGGCGGUAGUGGCCCCCGAUGCCUUCGACGUCGUCGCCGUGGCAGCGGGCGGUGCCCUGGCCGCCCCCCAGCGCCACGCGCUCGGGGCCGUGGCCCAGGUCCUGCAGCACGCCGCGGCCGGCAAGGCCUUCUCCGGGGAGAGCCGCCACCUGCGGGUCUUGAACGACUACUUGGAGGAGACGCACCUCAAGUUCAGGAGGUUCGCGGUCCGAGCCUGCCAGGUGCCGGAGCCAGAAGAGCGCUUUGUGAUGGACGAGUACUCGGACAUGGUGGCCGUGGCCAAGCCUGUGGUGUACAUCACCAUGGGGGAGCUGGUCAGCACGCACAGGCUGUUGCUGGAGCACCAGGACCGGCUUGCCCCCAGUCACCGCGACCCCCUGCACGAGCUCCUGGAGGACCUGGGGGAGCUGCCCACCGUCCGUGACCUCAUCGGGGAGGGCGCGGCCGCGGAUGGGAGCCUGGACAUGAGCAAGCUGGAGGUGUCCCUGACGCUCACCAACAAGUUCGAAGGGCUGGAGACGGACUCCGGCGACGCCAGUGCCCGCAGCCUGCUUCUGAGCACCAAGCAGAUGCUGGUGGACAUCAUGCAGUUCCAGCCUGGGGACUCCCUCGAGGAGAUGCUGUCCCUCCCGGCAUCUAGAGAGCAGGAAGCGGCCCACGAGCGGCUGACGAGCCGGCGCCAGGCCUAUGAGAGCCGGACCCCGGAGCCUCUGCGGCGCCACUGCUCGCUGACGGCGCACUCCCUCCUGCCGCUGGCGGACAAGCGGCGGCGCGUCCUGCGGAACCUGCGGCGGCUGGAGGGCCUGGGGCUGCUCCGCGCCAGCGACGGCUACCAGGGGCUGGUGGAUGAACUGGCCAAGGACAUCUGCAACCAGCGCCGGCGCCGGCAGCGGCGGAAGGCGGAGCUGGUGAAGCUGCAGGCCACGCUGCGCGGCCUGGACAGUAAGGCCACCUUCUACGAGGAGCAGGCCGACUACUACGGCCAGUACAUCCGGGCUUGCCUGGGCCAGCUGGCCGCCCGCACCAAGAGCUCCGGGAAAGGGAAGAAACGGCCAUCGCUGCGUUACACGGCCGCCCAGCUCCUGGAGAGGGGGGUCCUGCUGGACAUCGAGGGCCUGCCCGCCUCUCACUUCAGAAACGUGAUCUUUGACAUCAGCCCUGGAGACGAGGCCGGGAAGUUCGAGGUCAAUGCCCGGUUCCUGGGGGUGGACAUGGAGCGGUUUCAGCUUCACUACCAGGACCUCCUGCAGCUCCAGUACGAAGGUGUAGCUGUUAUGAAGCUCUUCAAUAAGGCCAAGGUCAAUGUCAACCUGCUCAUCUUCCUCCUCAACAAGAAACUCCUGCGGAAGUGACGGCGGCAGCGGCCGACCCGCAAGCCCCUCUGACCUGCCGGCUGCCUGUGACACUGGCUCUCGACGACACUAACUAGCUCGAGACUGCACUUGCCCACAGACCCCCCCCCGCCCCCCGCCAGGCUGGGCUCCAGGGGUCCCACCCCUCCCCGGCCCCAGAGGCUGGCUGUUUGGCCACUAAGCCCUGGAGGCCCUCGGCCUCCCAGCCAGCCCUCGAGGUGUGGGUCUGGCCCCGCCCUCUGCCCGCGGAGGCUGCUGCUCUGUGUCCGAGGCUGGUGGCUGUCCUCUGCGGUCACCCUGACACUUGCAGGCACUGCCCUGGCCACCUCGUCUCCCUCUGCCUCCCUGCAGACCCCAGAGCCAGGCCCCGGCUCGCUCCCCCUCCCUCCUCAGCAGCAGCUGGUGCUCCUGCCCUGAUGCCAGCCGGGCCCACCCCUGCCCGCCUCGCGUCCCGCCCCGAGGGCAUUUAUUCUCCCCGCACCCCAGCCCUGGGGGUCACUGUGCGCCCUUCCUCAUGGUUUUCCUCGUCCAUCUCUCUGAGCUCAGAGAAGGGGUUUCCGGUUCCCCCCAGCCCAGUGGUCCCGCCAGCAGCCCCCCCACGCUGUGUGCGCAGGCCGCCUUGGGCGGGGCGGAAAGAUCCCCGUUCACCUUUCAGACGCCUUCUGUCUGCUUCCUACGGUACGAGGAGCGGCCUUCCCUCUGCUCGCUCACCCUUCCGGGCAGUUCCAUCAACCUGCGUUCUUGUCCCUGCCACUGGCUCACCCCACGUCCGCUGACUUCCUGUCCCUCCGUCCCUGCUGUCACUUGAGUAAAAGCAGCUAUUGCCGCACAUCUGCA